CUGAGCAGCCGCCCUAUAAGAUCCGCCGGGUCCGCCUGCUCCCGGCGGCACACCCCGAGAAAACACCAGCAGCCGCGAUCGCCGGACCUUCCUCGUUCGUUCCUCCCGGCGACGCUGCUGCAGAUCGAUCCUACGACCCGCGAGGGGCCACCGAGGGGAUGUCGACGCCCGGCGGGGAGGAGGACAAGAAGCCGGCGGGCGAGGGCGGCGGCGCCCACAUCAACCUCAAGGUCAAGGGACAGGAUGGCAAUGAGGUGUUCUUUCGCAUCAAGAGAUCGACCCAGCUGAAGAAGCUGAUGAAUGCCUACUGUGACCGCCAGUCUGUGGAUAUGAGUGCCAUCGCGUUCCUGUUUGACGGUCGCAGGCUCCGUACCGAGCAGACCCCUGAUGAGCUCGAGAUGGAAGAUGGCGACGAGAUCGACGCCAUGCUUCACCAGACCGGAGGCUGCCUCCCUCCAAGCGCCUAGAAGAAGCCGUCGAAAGUCCUGCUCAUUGUCGGUCUACGAGACUCUGAUCCAUCUUUAGAGAGCACAUGAAAGUCUAAAAAGAACUUGUGAGGCUCUGGCCCCAUGCCAUAGCUGAAGGACAUUAGGGGAGCUUUUUUUUAGUGCCGUUGUUGGGGUACUUUGGCCUGUCAUGACUCGUUUAUCCAUCCCUUAAUAUAUCAACCUAUCCAGUACUAUCCUUUUUA